AAUGGACGGCAACUCUGCUUUGGUUGUUCUAGCAAGAAAUUUCCUUUGUUUCCUUGUUUUUGUUGGUUCAUUUGUCUCCUGCAAAACAAGUGAUGUUGGCAGAGAAGGUUUAACAUUGGUUGUGGAACAUGCUGUAGGAACUGGUCCCAAGUUGAACUUUCAGGAAAGAGGAGAAAUUAUAAUCAAAAGCCUGAAGGGGAUCUCCGGAUCUUACAAUGACUAUAACAUCUUAUCAUCAGAGGAGUUUAAAAAUUCAAUCAAGGAUGCUUCAUAUCAAGGCAAUUUUUAUCACAUCCGAAUUGCAGUGGAACCAUUAGAAACUGAAGAAUCUGGAAAUAAAUUGUAUAUAUCAACUUUUAUCAAAGCUUGUUCAUUGCUGAAGUCGAAUUUCUCGGAUAUAAUUAAAUUAAAUGUUGACCAUACAGGUCAAAUUUUUGCCGUCAGCUUGUCAACAACGACUGCUGACUGUAGUGGAAUUAACGAUGAAGAGGUACAGUAA